AAUAUGUUUCCAUUUGUCAAACUCAAAAUCUUAACCUCAAUCUGUACGAGCAUAGUUAUCGCGUAAAUAUUAUUGUUGUAUAGAAAAUAUUGGCAAGACAACAUGGAUAUUAAUAAGGCAAGGAAUGAACUAAAUGGUAACAAUAUAGAUGGAUUGAAAACUGAAGAUAUGUUCAUGGAUGAAUCUGAUAAUGAUGAAUUCUUCGAUUCCUCUAAAAUCAAUUUAACCACCAAAUUCUGGUCACAACGGAAGCUAAAUACAGAAUUUUCAACAUCAACACCAAACAAAUCAUGUCAAAUAAUGCAAAAUUUAAACAUUUAUAAUGCCAAAUCAACAGAUUACGACCCUUUGGAAAUUGUAUGCCAUGCUCCAAAGUAUAAUGGACCAUUUUACACAGAGUCUAAAUUGAAAUCAUUAACUGUUUCUGAACAAAUUGAGAGAAUUAUGAAUUUCCAUUGCAAGCAAUCACAAAAUUUUCAAUCGUACCAGAGGAAAUCACUAGUUUUUGCUAAAUGGGGAAAGGCAAUAUAUCCAUCAAAUAAAGUUGAGGAAUCAAAUGAAAAUAUGGAUGAAUCAGCAGGAGAAGUAGAGGAAGAAACAUAUAUAUCUAGAGGUGGAAGGCACAUGAAAAGAAAAAUUUACACUGAAGAUGACGAAUUUCAAUUGUUAAAAAAGAAGAAAGGUAAAGUUGAAUCUCCCAAGCCAAAAACCAAAAAAAUGUCCAAUGAAGAAAUCAUGAACAAAUCGUCAUUGUUCACAGAUACUCCAAUGAAAAAUUCUUCAGCCACAAAAACUAUCGAAAUCAAUACACCUACUUCUAAAAGUAAUACUGUCAAUGCAAAUUGCAGUGCUUUAAACUUAAAAAAAUCUUCCAAAAUUGUGGACCAAAGAAAGAGAUGUGAAAUAUUGUUCGACAAAUGUAUAGAGGAAACUAACAAAAGUAAAAAACAAGAAGCAGAGAUGAAUAUAUUUGAAGAAUCAUUAAAAGAAAUAAGUGAUGAUGAUAUGGACUAUGAUUUAAAAAUAACUUCUUCAAGAAUUCCUAGGCCCUCAGAACCAUCAUUUCCUGAUAAUAAUUCAUCCACAUCUGGUAUUAAAAAGAGAGUUAUCCCACCUGUUGCUGGUCGCAGGGGGUACAGAAGGAAGCAAGCUUAUCAAUUGAUUGAUGAGCCACCACAAGAUAAUUCUGAUAUAAAUAAUACUAUUGAGAGUAUUGAUUUUGUUAAAAGAAAUGGAAGGCAAAACAAAAAAACAACAGUUUGUCCUAUUUGUGGUAAAAGUUUUCCUCAAAAGGAAAUUGAGGAACACGCUUCUACGUGCGGAAUAACUGCAGAACUUGAAAUUGAAAAUAAUUUACCAAACAAAGAUCAAGCAGUAUCCAUUGUUGACUCAUUAAUAUGUGCUAAUUGUGAACAGAUGUUUUCUGUAAACACUGACUAUGAAGUACAUGUCACAGAAUGUUUCAGAAAUAAAAAAUAAUUUGUAUACAAACAAAUGUAAACUAUA